AUGUCAGCUGCACCUGGUUCACCCCACGAGUUUGAGUUUGAUCCUGAGUUCGAGGACGAGUUUGAUCCAGUUUUUCCUCCUGAUUUUGAUCCCGAUCACGAGAUCGAGUUUAUUCCUGUUGACCAGCCCUUGGAGGCACCAGUGGCUCCUAUUGAUCCGUUUCUUGAUAUACCUGCCGACUUCGAUAUGGACUUUGCCGACCCUAAGCCUGUCAUGGCACCAGAGCCUGUUGUUGCUCCUGAUCCUGUACCGGUGCACGACCCUAUUCUUGAUGAUGCUCCAUUCGUGGCCCCGCCUGUUGUGGAUGCACCAGCCAUUGCGCCACCCAUUAUUGAUAUUCCCAUUGUUGCACCACCAGUGGUGGAUGUUCCUAUUACUGAUGCACCCGUUCUUGCACCACCUGUUGUCGACCAUGCACCAUUCGCCACGCAUGUCGACCCUCGAUACGCUUACACCCGUAAUGGGUGGAUCGAGGAUGAUGAUGACUACCCACCAUUUGUACUACCAGCCACUCCUCCUGUAGCACCUGUUUCCGCAUAUAUUGACGUUCCGUUUUUCCACCCACACAUCGCUAAUGUCCAUCGCACCGACUUGCCUAUUACUUUCCUCCAGGAUAUACCCCCUCCCCGUCCAGGGGAAGGACCUUCUACUGGGCCACAUGAUCACAUGCGACCCACGACAACUGCUUUUCCAUUCAUGCCUUCUUUUACUCCAACUGCACACACUCACAUGCCACCCACUACAUCUUCCUUUGUACCAUCGGGCGAGCCAUUUUUGUGGUCAUCGCCCAAUGUUAUGCCGCUAUCAGACCCGUAUCACCCGUUCCAUGUUGGUCACACCACAGAGGACAUACUUGCAUCCCUGCAGCUACAGUAG